AGAGAGAGAGAGAGAGAGAGAGAGAGAGAGAGCGCGGAUCACUUAUUUCGAACUCACCUGUAGGUUCUUAUGCGGAUAUUAAAAGAGAUAUUAAGGCUGCGCCGUCCAAAGUCCGACGUUAAACACGGCCCCAUUAAUCGUUUUGUCAGAAGAAGACUUCGAUGCAACGCAUUCGCUCAAAAGAUUGGGGAGCAACGAGGAACUUCUGAGGUGCUCACUGAGGACUUGGCUGGGACGCCACUUCACAAUCCAGAACACAGCAAUGCCUGAAACCCAAAAGGAAAGCCACAAAGAUUUGGUCAAGGAUGAUGGCACAUCUGGCAGCUCCUCAAAAGAGAAGCGUGCAAAGCUUUACAUGUUCGAAGGGGUGCCGAUGAUGACGAGCCGCUACGUGUAUAAUGAGAAGAUCAGAAAUUACAAAGCCAAAGCAGAUGAUGUGCUGGUCGCAACGUACCCUAAAGCAGGUACAACGUGGAUGAUCGAAAUCGUGGACUGCAUCCUCAGUGGAGGAGUCACAGAGAAAAUCAAAAGCCAGCCGAGUGGAACCCGAGCCCCCUUCAUAGAACUUGGCCAAUCACCUUAUUCUCCUUCGGGGGUGGACAUGCUAGACACCAUGCCGUCCCCUCGGCUCGUGAAGACGCACUUACCCAUGAAGCUGGUGCCGCCAUCUUUUUGGGACAACAACUGCAGGAUCAUCUACGUUGCCAGGAACGCCAAGGACGUCCUUGUUUCUUAUUAUUUUUUCCAUAAGAUGAACUUCAGAAUGCCGGAACCUGGAAGUUGGGAAGAAUUUUUCGAAAGCUUCCUCUCUGGGAAGGUGGCCUGGGGCUCCUGGUUUGAUCAUGUGACCAACUGGUGGGACAUCAGGGAACGUCACCGGGUCCUCUUUAUCUUCUACGAGGACCUUGUCCAGGACACAAUGAGGGAGGUGGAGAGGGUGGCCCACUUUCUGGGUCAUACGCUAGAGAGGACCACGCUGGAUGAGAUUGUGAAGCACACUGCGUUCAGUAACAUGAAGGACAACCCCAUGACUAACUUUGCCCCUCUGGCUUGGUGUAUCCAGGAGAUCUCACCGUUUAUGAGGAAAGGAGAAGUCGGCGACUGGAAGAACCACUUGACUGUCGCCCAAAACGAGCGAUUUGAGGAGGAAUACAGGAGGCGCAUGGCCAAGACCUCCCUACGUUUCACAGAUGAUCUCUGAGAUGCAAGACAAGCCACAACACAAACCCACAGUUUGAUCAUGAUUAAGUAUGCCAGCUAGCAGAGGGCACCACCUGCAAGUAGAAAUGCCAGCUCAGCUCUCCUCAGAGGGGGCAGAAGUCCAGCAGGGGUCUUACAGGAACUCUCUAUGGGUCUUAGAGUUUAUUAUUAACAUGAGGCAUUCAUCUAAAUCAGUUUACAAUCCUGUUAAUCAGCAUCGAGUCAAACAACAGAAAUAAAGGAGAGAUGUCAAUAAAAAGGUGAAAUAGAGAAGGAGAAGAAGAAGAACCCAUGAAAUCAUAAAGAGAAAAUGAUGAGAAAUGACUUGUGGGGUCUAAUUCAUAAAAUGAUGGCAUAUACGUAUUUCUAUUGAACUCAAUUAAGAAGCUGUAAAAUAAAUCACAUGUCUAGA